AUGAGGGCGGCGCUCCUCCGCAUUCCGCUGCGGGCUUCCAAUUUUGAUCCUGCGGCGGUCAUACGAUCGGCUUCGAAGCCUUCUCUCGCCUGCCACCCUGGCAAUUUCGCCCCGUCGUCCUUGAUUUCCUGUCGGUUGAUUUCCAACUCCGUUACUACACCUCCUGCAUCAUUCUCGAAGCGCUUCUCCGGUCGUAUCUCCCAGUCGAUUCCCCGGGCCACUUACGCCACCCGCACGUCUCCGUUGUCUGAAUCGGCGAAUUCGGGACAAAGUGAUGGAAAGCAUUCGGGAUCCGGUCAAUCGCGCAACAAGGCCAUCAAGUAUGCUGUGAUUGGAGGCACCCUCGUGGUUGGAGCAGUGGUGUUUUCGGACCAAGUUCAACACUUCUACCGUGCCGCUGCGAGAACUGGCCGAGUGGUUGGCACAUUGGCGGUUUGCAUUAACGACUACCGGGUAACUCUCAAGCAAGAAACCUCCACGCCGGAGGAACGAAGCGAAGCCAUUCGGGCCUGUCACAAACGUUGCGCGGAACGGACUCUACGGGUUCUCGAGAAGAAUGGAUCGAUCUUUAUCAAGUUGGGACAGCAUUUGAGUAGCAUGGGCUACCUGCUUCCGUCGGAAUGGACUACAACCUUUAUCCCGCUCCAGGACAAGUGCCCCGUGUCAUCGAUUGAAUCGAUCGAGGAAAUGUUCGUGGCCGAUACAGGACGUCGUAUCGACGAGUUGUUCUCGUCGUUCGAUUCCGAGCCUAUUGGUGCCGCUUCUUUGGCGCAGGUGCACAUUGGUACGCUGAAGGAAACAGGUCAGAAGGUUGCGGUCAAGGUGCAGCAUCCCGCAUUGGCGGAGUGGGUGCCCCUGGAUCUGGCCUUGACUCGGUUUACUUUUUCGAUGCUCAAGCGGUUCUUCCCUGAAUACGAUCUGGAAUGGCUCUCUCGUGAAAUGGACCUGUCUCUGCCCCAGGAGCUGGAUUUCCGAAUGGAGGCGGAGAAUGCCACGCGGGCGAGCGAGUACUUUAAGAAGCACUCGGAUGCCCCGUUGGUUAUUCCUGAAGUGAUGUGGUCCCAAAAGCGUAUCCUGGUCAUGGAGUUCAUCUCCGGCCGACGUCCCGACGACCUUGAAUUCCUCGACUCGAACCACAUUGACCGCGACGAAGUCUCCGCUGCUCUGGCACACAUCUUCAACGAGAUGAUCUUCGGUAAUAACGCACCUCUGCACUGCGAUCCUCACGGCGGCAACAUCGCCAUUCGUCCGAACCCCAACCGCCGCCGGCACAACUUCGACAUCAUCCUCUACGACCACGGUCUCUACCGCGACAUCGACAAGGACCUGCGCCGCAACUACGCCAAGCUCUGGCUAGCCGUGAUCGAGUCCGACCUGCCGCGCAUGCGCGAGUAUGCGCGCAAGGUUGCCGGAAUCACGGACGAGCAGUUCCCGCUCUUCGCCAGUGCCAUCACGGGUCGCGACUACAUGGUUCUCCAGAAGAAGGAUAUCGUAUCUGCUCGUACCUCGGCCGAACGAGAGAGCAUGUCCGGCUCUUUGGCCGAUGGUCUGCUGCAGCAAUUAGUCGAACUUCUAGGCCAGGUACCUCGGAUUAUUCUACUGAUCCUCAAGACCAACGAUCUGACCCGCAGUCUCGACGAGAACCUCCACACCCGUCAAGGACCUAUGCGCACCUUCCUCAUUCUCGCCCGCUACGCCACCCGCACUGUCUUCGAAGAGCAAAUGGACUCUGUCAAUGAGACUGGGGGUAUCCUCCGUCCUGGGAACUUCUGGCGCUUCCUCUGCGCUUGGACUGGGUAUCUGCGCGUGGAGAUGAAGUUGUCUGUUUAUGAGACGUUGCUUUCAUUGAAGAGUCGGUUCGGGUUGGUUUGA